GGCUCUGUAAAACUAAAACGAGCCGGGCAAGGUAUAAAACCGCAUAUGCCCCCUGCAGACGAAAGACAAAAUAUUGUGGAUUACCUUGGAGAAAACUUGCCUUACCAGCUCGCUUCUAAAUUCAACACUUCACAUUAAAAAAGCAAUGGAUUUAGAUGAAGCUCCAAUAAUUCACGGACUUGAGCUCCCGUCAAGAUGUAUCUGCGCACAAUCAGCAGACACAAAUAUCACUCGAUUUAUGGUCGCAACACAGUCAUUACGGCAAGAAAACCAGCUCCAUUACGUGGAAUUCGAUGAUGAAAACAAUGUCAUUGAUAAAACCAUGUUUUCUCACCCAAUUGGUGAAGUCUGGCAUCUGUCAGCAAGUUUCAACAAUCCAGAUGUUUUCACAAGCUGUUAUCAAUCAUUUGAAAAUGGAAAAUUAAUCCAUGGAUGUAUGGUAGGGAAACUACCAUUAGAUGAGAAUCAAAAGCCAAUAGUUAAUUCAGCCACUACGCAAGACAUUACACAAAAUCAACAAGGAACACUAGAAAAUCUGGCGACCCUAGAUUCAGAGGAGUUUGGAAAUAUAUCUAGUUCGCAUUGGAAACCAAUAGAAGGGGAAAACUUCUUAAUGGCUCUUGCUGGCAGCAAGAUGCUCCUCUAUGAUAUGGAGCAAGGCACACCAAAGCUUUCUGACUCGUUCGAGCUUCCAACUAGAAAAGGGCAUCCUUGCACUAUAACAAGCGGCAGAUGGAACCCACAUCAUGGUGGCAAACAAUUUGCAGCGGCCACUGAGCAAAAUGUUGUCGGUUGGGACAUUCGAUCCAAAUCUCAAGCUUUCAUAAUAGAAGGUGCUCAUGGACAACUUGUACGAGAUGUCGACUUCAAUCCGAAUAAGAUGUAUUACGUCGUAACUUGUGGAGAUGAUUGUCAGGUCAAGUUCUGGGACACAAGAGAUCUUUCUGAUCCGGUUAAAGUUCUCUCUGAUGAUCAUUCACACUGGGUCUGGUCGACAAGGUACAAUCCAUUCCAUGACCAACUGGUGCUCAGUGGUGGGAGUGACAGCCGGGUUAUAUUGUAUAAUAUGAAAACAAUAUCUUCUGAACCGUUUGAGACAGAGAACCUGUCUUCAGAUGAUGACGCAUCAAAGUCGAGUGAUUCAGACGACGAAUUUUCGCCAGAAAAAAGACAAAUGGAAGAUGGUGUGAUAGGAGUCUACGAGGAGCACGAGGACAGUGUAUAUGCAGUGGAAUGGAGCGCGGCGGAUCCAUGGACUUUUGCUUCACUGAGUUAUGACGGGCGCUUUGUGAUUAACAGAGUUCCAAAGAAAGUUAAAUAUGGAAUUUUGCUUUGAUUUUAAAGGCAGAUUCGGUUUCGUUUGGAAUAUUGGCUUGUUUCCACUGACACUGUGGAGUGUGAAAUCUGAGAAACUGAAAAAAAUUAAGUUGACAAAUUGUUACUAUCAGUUUUUCAAUGAACGCUUGAACAUUCUAAAGUUUCCAUUCUCUGAGGUUGAUUUCCUCCGGUAGUUCAGAGGGUGAGUUUACUACAGAAAACUACUGCAUGACUCAAAAAACAACCCAUAAAUUCAUUGAUCACUUAUAUCAGGGGUGUGCAACCUGUGGGCCCUGGGCCAAAUGUGGCCCACAAGGAAUAUUGUGUAGCCAGCCGAUAAGUGCCAAUUUUGAAUGAUGUUGGCCUGUGAAUCGAGUUUUAUUUCAUAUUAAUCUGGUACAUGCAGGUAAUUCCAAUCCCUUUAAAUUUAUUAUUUAUGUCUAUGACGCUACAAUGCCCUAACAGCUAGCUUGUACGAAGCGAACUACGACUCUAGUUUUUCUAGACUCGAUUUGUUUUGUGUUAUCAUAAAGUGUGCCCACAAAAUAAACGAUUUAUUCAUUGAUUACUUAUACCAAAAUGAUAAGUUUUCAAGGACUUCUCAGCCCUGGAUCCCGUUGAGCAGGAAAUAUUGUUCUUUAGGCUGUUAAGAUAAUUUCCUUGAAAUGGUUUUCAAAAACUCGAUUCCUUUUGUGUUAUUAUUAAGUAGUGUGUAUUUAUGUAUGUCUUGGUGUGUAUUUUCCUAUGAAAGAGAUCCAUUAACAAUUUUUUAAAUAAUAAAUUGAAUGUUGAAUGAUUGGGAUAA